UUUGAAUUUUAUCUGAAAAACUGAAAAAGUACUGAAGAAAGGCAGUCAUCGAAGAAUCCACAGAUUAUAAGGUAAAAGCGAACCUUAACUAUUAUUCAAUAUAUUUUUGAUAGCUUAAUUUUUAAUUUAUUAAUUUUUAUAAUAGAUUAGUUGCUUUUGAACCAUGGUCCGGCGUGCCUUAAUUUUUGGUAAUUCUUUUAUUCGUCGUUUAGAAACAUUUACUCAUGAAAACUGUGAUCGAGGUUGGUUAAAUUUAGGUUUAGACGGAACCGAUAUCCAGGUGGAAUUUUUUGGUUUGGGGGGAGGGACUCUUCGCCCCGGUAAUAAAUGUGUUCAAAAGCAACAUUAUAUGCAUAUAAUUGAAGAAUAUACGCCACAUUCAGUUUUUCUUCAGGUUGGAGGCAACGAUUUAUCGUCUGAAAAUGAGCCCGUAAAAUUAGCAAGAGAUAUCAGCGUUUUUGCCGAUUACAUAAUUAAUUGCUAUCAUGUUAACCACGUGGUUAUUGGUCAACUUCUCCCGAGGUAUUCCGAAAGACCGGAAACCUAUUAUAACAACAAGGUUUACAUUGUAAACAAAGAACUUAGUCAUUUACUAAAACAAAGAGAUAAUGCGACUUUCUGGCAUCAUAGGGGGUUGUGGAAGAACACCCCAGAUUUAUUAUUAAAAGAUAAAGUUCAUCUUAAUGAUGAAGCAAAAUGCCAAAGCAGAAAAGCAGAACAAGAAGAAAGGCUGCUCCACAAAACCUGGUAGAGGAUGUUCACGAUUUAGUGGAGGAACAAAGUCAGGAGUUACCACCAAUAUACAGGCCACCAGUGCGGAGACGCAAGGCCAGACAAACAGCUCCUGAAAAUCUGUCAGUUCAUGAAACAAAUACUAAACAGUCGUCUGUUCCAACCGCAAAUGACAUUGCUGAUGCUUUGUUCCUGAAGUUUCAAAGUUCUGGCGUUCAACUUGUCAAAGACAAUACAGCAGUUCCAAUUAAUGACUUAACUGGUAUAUUGUCGUCAUCAUCUAUACAACCAGAAAAUUCGUCAACUACUGACUCCCAGGGACCAAUGUUAGCUGUCUUUCAACCACCAGUUUCCUCAGAUCCUAAUAUCAACACUCCUUCUGAUGGUGAGCAGCUAAACUCAAAUGAAGAAAUUCCAUAUGCAUGUGAAAUGUUGAGACAUACUAUACCUUUAGAUUACCAUGUCAGCAAUAAGGUUAAAUCUGAUGUUUGGUGUGAUAAUUAUGUAAAUUUUGCUCUAUUGUUACCUUCUAAUAUUGAUGAUACAUGUAAUGAAUCAACAUUAUUUGAAAAUUUAAAUAUUACGAUUUCAAAUAGGAAACCUAACAAAGAGCUUUUGUCCAUUCACCAAUGGACAAAUGCUUUUGAUAUAUUUAUGUCUAUAUAUCUUGAAAAGAAUUUGAGGUCUGCUAAAGCAUUGAUAAAAUAUGGUUUUAAUGUACGGUCAUUAUGCAAGUCCUUGGGUUUCCAAGCCGCUAAAUUAUAUGACGAGAAAUUUAGGAAGAUAAGGAAAAUUUUAGGGUUACGAUGGGAUGAAAUAAAUGAUGAACUUUGGAGAUCUGCAGCUUUAUAUGACAGACAAUCUGAAUUUUCAGGUCAAAAUAAGAAGUCAUUUGCCAAAACCUCAAACUCAGGCCCAAAUUCUUUUCAUAGGAGGGCCCAGCAUCAGUAUCAAUUCCCAAAUGGCUAUUGCUGGGCCUUCUGUAAAUCAGGGGAAUGCACAUCAAAGUUUUGUAAACUUAAACACCAAUGUGUACACUGCAGCAAGAAACACUGUACCCUUACAUGCCCAGAGCAAAAAGGAAAACAAGCAAACUUUGUCAAAACUUCCAACACCAAUAAAGGUUGAAAAUUUAAAACACUUUUUAGCAGGUUAUGAAACACAGUUGAAAGAUAAAUUGAUUCAUGGUUUUUCUUUUGGAUUUUCAAUUAAUUCUUGUUUUUCUACAUCCCUAAAUAAAGAGAUUUUUCCUCCAAAUCAUAAAAGUGCAAGGGAAAAUUAUCAUGUUGUGCAAUCAAAACUAAAUAAAGAGAUUGAAGCAGGUAGAGUUAAGGGUCCUUUUACAAAGCCCCCUUUCCCUCUCUUUGUAUGCUCCCCUUUGGGUUUAGUUCCAAAAAAGGAACCCAAUUCUUAACGAUUAAU